AUGGACAGUCAGGGCUCCAACUCUUUACAAUCUGCAGCUAGUUCUGGAGACAAACAUGCAUUUAAUCUUUUGUUAAAGUCCGGCUUUGAUCCAUAUGAAAAAGAUAGAGACAAUAGUCACACAGUUCUAACUUGUGCUUGCCAGAAAGGAAGGACAGACAUGGUAAAAUACCCUAUUGAGAAAUACCCUGCAUUACUCCAGGAACAUACAGAUAUUCGAGGAAAAAGUCUUCUGCAAUGGGCAGCUUUCAGUGGGAAUAUUGAUAUAUUUGAAUGUAUGCUAGACAUCUUUGAGAAUGAAAAUAUAUUACAUUUAUCAAGUGGAGUGAAACCAAAAGUAGAUGGAAAAGAUUAUUCAGGUCAAUCUAUCCUGCACUUUGCAUGCGAAAAAGGUAAUUAUGAUAUGUGUAAAUAUCUGUUGAAUAGAUAUCCUCAGCUACUGGAUGUUUGUGACAAUGAUGGGGAAACUGUCCUCCACUUCGCAGCUCGAGGAGGUAACGUAGAACUUUUCAAAUUUCUGUUAAGUAAAGGAUUAAAUGUCAAUAGUACAACAAAAACUGGGAAUACUGUGGUACAUCUGUGUUGUGCUGAGGGCAGAGAAGAAAUGUCUAGGUAUCUGGUAAAUAAGUAUCCAAAUUUAAUAUCUUUUAGAGACAAUAAUGGAUGGACAGCUUGUGCAGGAGUUAGUGUAGAACUUGUGUCUUUUCUUAUAGAAAAAGGAAUGGACAUUAAUACCUUGUCAAAUAAUGGUAAAAAUAUUCUGCAUUUAGCCUGUCUCAAUGGGAAGUUGGAAGUUUGUGAAUACUUAGUUGAGAAUUAUCCCCAUCUAUUAGACAUCAAAGAUAAAUCUAGCAAUACAGUUUUGCAUGCUGCAGCCUCGGGAGGCAAUGUUCAAAUAGUUAAAUUAUUGAUUGAUAAGAAGAAGGACAUCUAUACCCUGCAAAAAGAUGGUGAAACAAUUUUACAUCAAUGUUGUUACUAUGGUGAAAUGGAGAUGUAUGAGUAUCUGGUCAAUCAUUUUUCAGAGUUAAUAAAGAUCAGGGACAAUAAAGGGUGGACAGUAUUACACUCAGCUUGCAGUGUCGGGAGUGUAGACAUAGUUUCUUUUCUAUUAGACAAAAGAUUAGACAUCAAUGCGUUGUCAAAUGUUGGUGAAAGUAUAUUGCAUAUUGCUUGCCUAAAUGGUGAACAUGAUGUUUGUAGGUAUUUAUCAACAAAUUAUCCAGAUUUGUUAGCAGUUAAAGAUAAUCAAGGUAAGUUAGUGAUAGAUAUUGCCGCUGAGCAUGGUGACAUUGACAUGAUUCAUAUUCUGAGAGAACGCCGCCAUUAG